CAGGAGUGUUCCUAAGGCUUGCAUUUAAUUUUUAGCUGCAGUACAAUGUAAAUGCGUGUAUUUACUGCUGAGCUUUCAAAAUGGCUAACAGUGUUGAAUUAGCCAAUCCCAAUCUAGCGGACAUGUCUUCAGAUUUUUUAUAUCAUCUAGCCAUCAAUGUGCCCAAUACCAAGGAUACCAGCGAACUGCAAAAGCAAUUUGGUGAUGUUAGAGUUAUAUGCGUGGGUGGCACCGCAUCGCGCAUGCGUGAAUUGGCCAUAUAUCUGGGCAAAACACUGAAUAUUCCAAACUCCGCUGAGCCGGUGGAUCUUUGCAAGCAGGGAAAUCGCUAUGCAGUAUUCAAAGUGGGUCCAGUGCUUUGCGCUAGCCAUGGCGUAGGCUCAUCCACAUUCUCUGUAGUGCUGCAUGAGCUGCUGAAGCUGGUCAAGUAUGCCAAGUGCCAGGAUCCCAUAUUCAUACGCAUAGGCACCUGUGGCGGCGUGGGCGUGCCACCAGGCACCGUAGUAGUUACCAAGGAUGCAUAUAACGGCUUGCUAAACAACGAGCAUGAGAUUUUCAUUUUGGGUGAGCGUGUUGUGCGUCCUGCGCAUUUCCAUAAGGAUGUCAUGCUAGCAAUUGUUGCCUGUGGCCAACAGUCUGAUGGCUUCGAUACCAUAAAUGCCAAUACCAUGUCUACAGAUUGCUUCUAUGAAGGCCAAGGACGCAUCGAUGGCGCUGUCUGUCAUUACAACAAUGAGCAAAAGAUGCAAUUCCUGCAAAGAGCCCAUGCCAAAGGCAUACGCAAUAUUGAAAUGGAAGCCACCAUGAUGGCGUCGCUGACACUGCAAGCAAAAGUUAAAGCUGCCGAUAUUUGUGUUACGAUCGUUAAUCGUUUGAAUGGCGAUCAGGUUUGCGGCGAUAGUGAAGGCAAAGUACCGCUCAGCUUGGAACAGAAAAAGAACUUUGAGCAUCGACCUUUUCUCAUUGUCGGACGGUAUCUGCAAAAACUUUUGAGCAACUAGGCGCCAGUUUAUAGUGUAGUAGCCAGUAAUCUUUGUAUUUCAUAAAAGCUUACAAUUCUUUUAUUAGCAA